AUGGCCGACGAUACUGAACCUCCUCGCAAGAGAGUGCGGUUUUCAUCAAGCGAGGGCCCUAGCGUCGAUUCGAAACCCAUUCUCAUUCGUGUUGGCGAGGUCAAGCAAGAGUUCUACGUCCACGAAUCCCUGCUUCGCGCAAACUCGCUGUUCUUUGACAACGCGCUCAAGAAAGAGUGGAAAGAGGGGCAAGAAAGGGUAGUGGACCUUCCGGAUACCGAGCCAGAACACAUGAGGAUCUGGAUUAAAUUUCUUUACACUGGCCGCAUCUUCACAGGGACAGAAACCCCUCAAAUACGGGAGAGCGAAGCGGAAUUGUUUUGCAAGGAUGUUUCGGCCUGGAACCGUUUAUACACUCUUGGAGACUUUCUUCAAGAUGGCGAUUUCAAAGACGCCUUGAUCGAUGCCAUGAUGGAAUUCACUGCCAUCUUGAAUGCAUAUCCGAUUCGGCUCCCCGACUUCAUCUACUCUCACUCAACAAAGGACUCUGCCCAUAGGAGAUUCGUUGUUGACAUCCGCCUUUAUAAGAGGAUCACGGUUCUCGUCGGGAACGAUGAGUCAUUUACCGUCGAUAAGAGUACUCUUCUCACUAGCUCCGAGUUCUUCAAGAAGACCUUGGGAACGUCGCUCAAGACCAACGGUCCAGAAGAAGUUGAUCUGCCAGAUGCUAAACCCCGAGCUUUCGAAAUCUAUCUGGGGUGGCUUGAAACUGGCUACUUCUACAUUACGGAGGAACACGAUAUCGACAGUCCCCCGCAGAGUGAUAAAAAUGGCUGUAUCCUCGAUGGGGAGUGCAACAAGUGGAACGAGUGCUACACCCUUGGUAACGUCAUACAAGAUUGUGGCUUUCAGGACGCCUGUAUCGACUGGAUUCAAGAGAAGAUGAUAUCCGACGAAGCCGACUUGAUGAAUAUACCUGAUAUAGUAUAUGGUAUCGACGAUCGACUUCCAGCACAUCGCCAGUUCACCGUUGAUAUUGCAGCUCACUGCUGGUCUUCAAGUGUAUUCGGCGACUUGAAAGAAGAUCGCUAUCCUUCCGAGUUCAUGAUAGAUCUUCUCAAGUACGUUGGUCCGAAGUUGAGGCUCAGCCAAGUGGUGGAACAAGAUUACAAGGUGUUCUUCGAGAACGUCGGCUGCAAAUAUCAUGAGCACGCUCGUCUCAAGAAGCCUUGCUACAAGGAAACACACCCAGCCUACAAAUAA